ACAGGAGUCCACAUUUUUUGCCCAUAACAGUUUCAAGGAAAACAAGAUGGCAGAGGAACCGGGGGAUGAAAAGAAACUGGUGGCCAAGUUUGAGCUGGAGAGGGAAACAGAGCUCCGCUUCGAGGUUGAAGCCUCACAAACUGUCCAGCUGGAGCUCCUGACAGGCAUGGCUGAGAUCUUUGGAACUGAACUGACACGCAACAAGAAAUUCACCUUUGAUGCUGGUGCUAAAGUGGCUGUCUUUACCUGGCAUGGCUGUUCGGUGCAGCUGACUGGCCGGACUGAAGUGGCCUAUGUGUCCAAAGACACCCCCAUGCUGCUGUACCUCAACACCCAUACAGCCCUGGAGCAAAUGCGGUGGCAAGCGGAAUGUGAAGAUGAACGGGGGCCUCGGGUCAUGGUGGUGGGCCCCACAGAUGUAGGCAAGUCAACUGUUUGCCGCCUGCUACUGAAUUAUGCUGUGCGCUUAGGGCGCCGACCCACAUUUGUAGAGCUAGAUGUAGGCCAGGGCUCAAUCUCGAUCCCAGGCACUAUGGGGGCUCUCUACAUUGAGCGUCCUGCAGAUGUUGAAGAAGGCUUCUCCGUUCAGGCCCCCCUGGUGUAUCACUUUGGGUCCACCACGCCUGGUACUAACAUCAAGCUCUAUAAUAAG